AACGCCCCACCCCCCACAACACCUACACCACCAUAAAGACUCCCAAACUAAGAGUCACAUGGUCUGGAAGCUGCUCUAAUAUUUUUAAUUUCUUCAGAAUGUGACUCUUCGUGUUUGUGAGGUCUUCUGCUGCAGUCUGAAUGCUCGUGAGCAGACAGACCUUAGGCUCGGAGGUGAGGCCAUACGCUGCCAUGGCAACGUCCUGGACCUUGAGGUUUUAGGCUGCAACCACUGCAACGAAGGUCCGAAGGUCCGGGCUGUCACUUUCUCACAUUGGGUGUAGAGUCUUGGGACUACAGGUCGUCUGGCCAGGUAAGAAAGACCGUCCUAUUCCUCCAGCCGCAGUGUAAGCAGCGGAUUGGCUUUCAAGAAUGCCCUUCCAGAAAUACAUCUGCUACCCUCAGUCCAACAGCCAGAAGAAUCGAGCCGCCCCAGAGGGAGGUGCAACCCCCAGGGCCUGUGUCACCCCUAACUCGGCCUCUGGACCCCUGCCCUUCUUCCAAUUCCGACCUCGGCUGGAGAACAUGAACUGGAGGCGUCUGGACACCAUUGAUGUAGACAAGGUGGUGGGAACUACGGACAUCCUGACACUUCAGGAGAACAUUAUGAACAUCACCUUCUGCAAACUGGAGGGCGAGAAGUGCCCGUACUGCCAGGCAGAGGUGGACCCACUGCUGUUGAAACUCAUCCGCCUGGCACAGCUCACCAUUGAGUACCUGGUGCAGUCUCAAGAGUUCCUCACCUCACAGCUGAGCAUGGUAGAGGACCGGUUACGCCUGAGCUUGAGUGGCUUCGAGCAGAACAAACAGCUGCUCGCCAAGCAGGCUGAGGAUAUCAGACUUCUCAAGCAGGAGUGUCGACGCAGGAAAAAGAUGCUGUCUGCCCAGCAGCUGAUGAUGGGCCAGGUCCAAGCCGACCAUUACCAGUGUCGUUUUUGUGACAAGGCCUUUAUGAGUCAAGCUUCUCUCCAGAGCCACCUCCAUCGCCGCCACGCUGCUGUAGAUUCUUGUCCUGGGAAAAAGGCAAUGGCAAGGAACGACAAGCUCCAGGAGGAGGUCACCAUGUUGAAGGAGCAGCUGCAGGUCACCAGGACCCAGCUGGAGUCGGUGCAGCACACCCACAGAGUCCGACCCUCUACAGACUAUGAAAGGCAGAAAAUAAAUGAGGAGGACUUCCAGAAGUUAGUGGUUAGUUGGGAGGAGGAAGAAAAGCAGACACUGGUGAAUGAGAUGGAAAAAGUCAAGGACAUGUUUAGGAGGGAGUUUGAGCAGUUAACAUUGAAGAAUUCAUCUUUAGAAUAUCAAUUAUUGGAAAUCCAGAAAUCUAAUGGGCCGAGUGAGGUCAACAUGGGCAGGGAGAAACUCCCCUAGGUUUAAAAACUGACUUCCGUAUUCCCAAUGUUUCCAAAAUACGCUGCACAUCCUUGAGUGAAAAUAAGCCAGUGACCAGAUGGGUUUAAAGUUCUUAAGGAAGAAUGCAGCAAAGAGCAGGGUUAUCAGGUCUUUCUCGGGCAACUACGGCCGCCCUGAUGACAUAAUGUUACCGCUCUGUCUGGUCCAGAGACACUGCUUUGCUGCAGACCUCCCUACUCUCUUAUACAGUCUUUCUACCCCUUUCUUCUCCACGUUGUCUGCUGAGUCCUAUGGUGUGUGUGUGUGUGUGUGUGUGUGUGUGUGUGUGUGUGUGUGUGUGUGUGUGUGUGUUUUAAAUGUCUCAGGAGCAGCUGCAGUUCACCAAGACACAGCUGGGGCUCCAGAAUCCCUUAUUUUCUGCAAUUUGACCAAUUGUAAGGUGGUAUUAACCACUACCGGCUACAAAGAGGAAGUUUCUCUGAUAAAACAUAUUAUUUAGAAGGCACUUUGUCAUUCUAAAGAGUAAGGAAAAUAAGUUGAAUCUCAUCACAAAAUAGUUGGUUAUCCCAUAUAUUCCUGCCGCUGUUAUACUGUGAUAAUAUUUACAUUUUAUAUUUCUAGGAAUAUAGACAUCUCCCCCCAUGUACAGAUGUAAACUUACAAAAUUUAUAUUUUCAAUACCCAGGUUAUAAAUACUUCUUUAUAUUU